ACCUGUCAGUUUUCCUGCGAGGGGGUUCGGCUCUUGCUGUCAAGUUACCCUUUUGUGAUUUUGUUGUUAUAUGAUACAUACGAAGUGGGGGAAAACUUGCCAAAACCUUCCCAGUGCACAUUUAAGUAUGCACAUUGGUGCCUUCCUUUCUUUUCAUUGAUGUUUUCACUAGAGUUAAACUUUGAAUCGUCAGGAACCACGUUUUGAAUUAACGUAGCAGGUUAACAUGCAAGCUAAGCUGUGUGUACUUGUUAAGAAGCAGCUUAAGUUAUACUGUUUCUUCUCAUCUGAUUUCCCUAAUGGAUCAGCCUAAUUUCUUUGAAAGAGAGGAAGUUUUACUUUCAGUUUAUGUUAUGUAUAUUUCACAUACACAGUGUAAGUGAUCAGCACUUUGGGAUUUGCAGAAAUUUCAGACUGACUAUCAAGAAAUGAAGGUUAGGACGUCAUGUGUUGGACUGCGAAAUCUUCUCCAAGGCCUGAGCUUCAGUGUCAGAUACUACUCUAAGCAUAACCAUCUUCAAACAAUAUGUCUUUAUAGUAAAAUAAAACAAAAAAAAAGCCACAUCCUGGACUGUUCAGGAAGUACGUGCAUGCACAGGACUGUUCCGCCUGGAAGCUUCCUGCCAUGGAGAUUCUUUUCCUGCAAGCAGGAAGGAACAAAAAUCCCUUCCAAAAGGAAGCAAAAUGCAUCCAUAAUAACAUCAGAGCUUUUGUACAAGAAUCUUCUGAAAUCAGAGCAGGAAAACUGGAAUGACAUUUCAGCAAGAUACAAAGCUAUGACAAAAAGAAUCAAGGAAAAAUUAGAAGAAUUGCACAAAAAGUAUACAUUCAAUUUGGGAAGCCUAAGGAGCAGGUUUGGAGAGAAUGUGUACUUUGAAGAGAAUGGCUGCAUAUUUCUUUCAAAAGCAGAUGAUGUAGAUGAAGGAAAUGUUCACAUUUUAUUCAGUGCUGAAGAUCUUGGCUUUUCUGAUGCCUUUAUUCAACGGAUCAGAAUUUCACCAGAUCAGAGAUACAUGGCUGUUGGCUUAAAAAGUGAAAAUUCUGAAGAGGCAACCUGUGUUACUAUGAAACUUGGUAAUUUUCCUGUCGUGGAAAAAGUAAUUCCAAGUGUAUUUAGUUUUGAAUGGGCUACAAAUGAUGUUCUGUAUUACACAAGUCAGAAGAACCUUAAAUGCCAGAAUGUGUUUAUGACCACUUUCACUAAUCAGAAACGUACUAAGUUAGUUUAUACAGAACACGAUGCAAGAUUCUUUGUGGACAUAUAUUGCACAAAAGAUAGGCGUUUUCUCACUAUCAACAGCAACAGCAAGACAACCUCGGAAGUUUGGCUGGUUGACUGCAGACAUCCUUUUAAGUUACCUGCUCUUGUACAAGCACGAAUAAAAGGCAUCAUUUACCACAUUGAGCACAGAAAUGACGAGUUAUAUAUUCUUACUACAUAUGGAGAACCUGCAGAAUAUAAGUUGAUGAAGGCACCAGUAUCUUCCAGAGGCAUGGAGAACUGGCAGUUAGUUUAUGCACUGGGAGAGAAAACCAAGCUAGUAGACCUGGAGAUGUUCAGUGAUCACUGCGUUAUGUUCCUGAAGAAUGCUGGUCAUCUUUACUUAAAUGUGAUUUCUUUUGUUUCACAUUCAGUUCAGUCAAUAAAGCUACCUACGUGGGCCUGUGAAUUUGAAUUGGAAUCUCACCCUGAACAUACCACCAGCACUUGCUAUUUUCAGCUCACCUCGCCAGUACACCCCCCUAAGCGUUUUGCAUAUUCAUUUAAAGAAAAUAAUCUCAUUGAACAAGCUGUGCAAGAGGUACCAAUUAUUACGAAUUGUCACACUACACGUUUACUAGCUAAAAGCAAGGAUGAAACUUUGGUGCCAAUUACAGUUUUUCAUAAUACGAAUUCUGAAGAGCUACACAGGAAACCACUUCUAGUUCAUGUAUAUGGAGCUUAUGGCAUAGAUUUGAACAUGAGCUUUAAAGAAGAGAAGCUGAUGUUAAUUGAAGAGGGUUGGAUAUUAGCAUAUUGCCAUGUUAGGGGUGGAGGAGAGCUAGGCCUUAGCUGGCACAAAGAUGGAUGUCAGCAUAAUAAACUCAAAGGUCUCCAUGACCUUAAGGCUUGCAUCAUGCUGCUGCACGAACUGGGAUUUUCUCAGCCAAAAUACACAGCGCUAGCAGCUGCUAGUGCUGGAGGAGUUCUUGCAGGGGGCCUGUGCAACACUGAUCCAGAACUUAUCAGAGCCGUGGUUUUACAGGCUCCUUUCGUAGAUGUUCUAAAUACAAUGAUGAAAACUUGUCUGCCACUGACAAUUGAAGAACAGGAAGAAUGGGGAAAUCCAUUAGCAGAUGAAAAAUGUAUGAAGUAUAUCAAAAGCUAUUGUCCAUACCAGAAUAUUAAGCCACAGUGUUAUCCUUCAGUAUUUAUCACGGCAUAUGAAAGUGAUCAACGGAUACCCCUAACAGGAGUUUUACGAUAUGUUCAGAAACUUAGGAAGGCUGCACUGGAUCAUGCCAGCAGAACAAGUAAGAAAGGAAAUUGGAUCCCUAGUAUCAUCUUAGACGUCCAGGCAAAUGGCAGUCAUUGUGAUUCAUCUUGGGAGGAUUCACUGAAUGAGGUUGCAAGACACCUCGCUUUUCUGAACAAAGAACUUGAGGAAGUAUGCCAUCUCCAACAUCACACGAAAUCCUGCAAAUAGCUAAUAAACACACUGACCACCUGAAGAUCUUGGGGUCAGUUUUUAUUUAUAUGAAAAGUAAACA